AUGCUUAGCGAAAAUACAAAGCCAGAUACCAAUGUCGCGAUUGACUUUGUGGUUCACAAAAGUGACGGUUUAUCGAUGAAUAAUCUCCUUGAUCAAAUGAAUACAAUUGGGCCGAUUAUAAGCGCUAUGGUAUACAAUAAUGAUAUAUUUCUUGAGCUUGAUGGAGUCAAGAUUUUCCCAAAGGACGCUAAUGCGUGGUCAGAUGUUAUUUGUCCACAUGGGUUUUCGGCUGGAGGAAAUGGAAUGAAAUGCGCUGCAUGUAGGCCUGGAACAUAUGCAAACGAUAAGUUCGCCUGUGUUCUCUGUCCUAUGGGCCAUUAUCAACACCAGGAACAGCAAUCUUCGUGUUUACGUUGUCCAGACGGGAAGAUCACAUUAGGAAUGGGAUCUACUGGAGUUUUGGAUUGUUAUAAGAACGGAACGUCUCCUCCAGAUGUGCCUGCAAUUUACCGAAACGAUACAGAUACGGAAGAAGUUCCGAUAACCAGUCAGCCGCCAUACCAAAGCCCCCUACAUCCUAGCGACAUUGCCAUCAUUGUUGGAGUUUGUGUGGUUGCCUUCAUUAUCAUCUCAGCUGUUGUCGCCUGCUUCAUCAGGAUAGCUAGUAAGAGGACAGUUAAGACGACCGCUACAGCACCCAACGACUACUCACAACCACCUGGAGCACAUUUUAACCCGAUGUACGGAGGAUAUACGCAAGAGACUGUGUAUCAAAAUGUACCUGGGCCUACUCCUAUGCAGAAUGUCCAAAUACCCCGAGCAACGAUUACCGCAAAGGUUGAAUAUCAUGAUGGUCGACCUUGGGAUGAAGAUAAGUUCAGACGAGGAAGUCUUCCAAGAAUACAAUAUUAAUAUUGAUAAUGACUCUGCCAGAAGUGUAUAAUGUUUGUUUAUUAAAACAUGAUUUAUAUAAUAUAUAUGAUGUAAGAUAUAUGUAUACGGACAAUGAUUUAAUUAAAAUAAGAAUGG